ACCUUGAGUUGAAUCCGAUGACGGCAUGACUCAGUUUUCCAUUCCAUAAAAUUCCUUUACCUUAACUUCCGUAGUAGUUCAUCCUCAAAAAAACCUUUCAUAGCUUCUUUUCUUCCUCCUUCUUCUUCGGGUUGUGAGUGUAUACGCAUCACGCAUGGCAGCUUUCCUUCGACGCUGGAUUCCACGAUGGAAGAUGUUAUCUUCUCCACCCUGACGGGAUAGCAAAUCUUUCACGAAAUUGAGAAUUGCUGCUGCUAAUAAACAAGCUUCCAUUGAGAUGGGGGAGUUCACCGGGAGUGGUGAGUAUGUGACUAUCGGCGAAUUUCCUUCCUCCAGGACAAAUCACUCAAGGAAAGUUUCAGUUCUUCCUCUUGUGUUUCUCAUCUUCUAUGAGGUUUCAGGGGGGCCUUUUGGGGUGGAGGAUACUGUGCACGCAGCGGGUCCUUUUUUAGCCCUCCUUGGAUUCUUGCUUUUCCCUUUGAUAUGGAGUGUUCCUGAAGCUUUGAUCACUGCUGAGAUGGGUACCAUGUUCCCUGAAAACAGUGGUUAUGUGGUUUGGGUUUCAUCUGCUUUGGGUCCCUUUUGGGGGUUUCAGCAAGGUUGGAUGAAAUGGCUUAGUGGGGUGAUAGACAACGCAUUAUACCCCAUUUUAUUUCUUGACUAUCUGAAGUCAGGAAUCCCGGCUUUAGGUGGUGGGUUUCCUAGAGUUGUUGCAACAUGGGGUCUGACUAUAGUUCUCACUUACUUGAACUAUAGGGGUAUGACCAUUGUGGGAUGGGUUGCUGUUUGUUUGGGGGUUUUCUCACUCCUUCCUUUUGUGGUUAUGGGAUUUUUGGCGAUUCCAGACCUAAAGCCUUCAAGAUGGACAGUGACAAACCCGAAUGAUAUUAACUGGAAUUUGUAUCUGAAUACUCUAUUUUGGAAUCUCAACUAUUGGGAUUCCAUAAGUACUCUUGCUGGAGAAGUGGAAAAUCCGAAGAAAACUCUUCCGAAGGCUUUGUUUUAUGCUGUGAUCCUAGUAGUUCUAGGGUACUUCUUUCCUCUUCUAAUUGGUACUGGUGCUGUUCCUGUCAACCGUGAGUUGUGGACGGAUGGAUACUUCUCGGAUAUUGCUUUGAUUAUAGGAGGAGCAUGGUUGAGAUGGUGGCUGCAGGCUGCUGCUGCAAUGUCAAACAUGGGAAUGUUUGUUGCUGAAAUGAGCAGUGAUGCUUUCCAGCUUCUAGGGAUGGCUGAGAGGGGAAUGUUGCCUGAGUUCUUCAGCAAGAGGUCUCGCUACGGAACACCUCUCAUAGGAAUACUCUUCUCAGCCUCCGGCGUGAUUUUAUUGUCAUGGCUGAGCUUUCAAGAAAUUGUAGCUGCAGAAAAUUUCUUGUACUGCUUUGGAAUGAUUUUGGAGUUCAUUGCGUUCAUUCUGUUGCGGAUCAAACACCCCAACGCAUCCCGACCUUACAAGAUACCGGGGGGAACUGCUGGAGCAAUUAUCAUGUGUAUCCCUCCGACAAUAUUGAUUGGUGUGGUGUUAUUUUUCUCCACCCUUAAAGUAAUGGUUGUAAGCCUUAUUGCUAUGGCAAUUGGCCUUCUGAUGCAGCCUUGUCUCAAAUUUGUUGAGAAGAAGAGAUGGAUGAAGUUUUCCCAUAGUUCUGAGCUCCCUGAUUUUGGCAAUCAGGAGGACACUCGCACUUUGGUGCAUUAAUCUGUCCUGUUUCAAUAAUAUGGAGAUGAUUUGUUCUUCUAGGUCUUCAAGCAUGCUUGUUAAGUUUAUACUUCUCUGAACCCAACAACCAUAGAAGGGCAGCUUUUUAUCCUACACCUUUGGUAAUUCAACUGUUUGUCUAUGUUUUUAGUUUGAUCAAUAGAUGGGAUGCCAAUUAGAAACGUGGAAGAUAGUGUUUAGAAUGUCUUGGGAAAUACAAUUAUUUGUUAAGUGGAUUAUGUUAUCAUUUGUCAAGAAAAAAAUUUGAUUAUUUUCCUUCAAUUUUAAAUUGUUAGCAUUUCAUAAGUGUUUGGUUGAGAAGCUAAGUCAUCAGUCCAAGUAACUUUGGUCAUUUGGUGGCUUGCAUAAUGCUAUUGUUAGAAUCUUAUUUUU